CCGCAACCGCAGAAUCUUUAGACGUCUCUUGUCCGCGAGCCCAUAAAUAAAGCCGAUCCCGGCUCAUUUUUAACGAUCUGCAUAUUUUGGCAACAUAAUUAACGGUGAAAAGAAUGUGAAAAGUAGCGAAUCGUAACACGAAAGCCAGAAACAAAAAAGCGAAUAAAAGAAAAAAAAGAAACACGCGACUGAAGAAAGGCGGAAGAAAGAAGCAGAAGGUUUCUACGCGCCUCGAGCGGAUCGCCGUCUCUCAGUUCGAAAUCUCCCGUCCAUCCCAUCGGUGCCUCAAGCAAAUCUUCUGGCCAAAAGCCCAAGUGAAACCGCCGAUAAUGCAAAAGGGGAAGUGCCAAAAAAAGCGAGUUAAGUGAGAGCAAAUCUAAAAGAAAGCAUCAUCAUAUCAGCUAUUGCCGCUGGGGUCGCAAACUAAUCGGGCCCAAUGAUCGCGAUUAGCGAUAACACGCGUGGUCAGCGAUUAGUGCGCCUGCAAAUAGCAUUUCUCCUGAUCGGUUUUUGGGAUAUUGCUAAGGGUCUGACAGUCGACAAUCAAUUAGUAUCCGCACGAAAUGACUGCUUCGAGCGGAUUGCACUGGAGGCGAUGCUGCCAUUUGAGAAGACCUUCCGCACCGAAGACACCAACUCGCUGAAGAUGUGCAAGGAGAAGUGUCUGCAGGCGGGCGAGAAGUGUCAGGCCAUCUCGUUCGGUGUUCAUCGACGCGGAAACGGCACUUGUCAGUUGUCAUCGGAGCAGUACGGAUCGGGGGGCGGCGGGCGGCCGGGGGGCGUGAUUUUCGAUCCCGACUUUGAUCUGUACACGCGCAAAACUAACUGCUUCGACUUGAGCGACAACUCGAUUGCCCCCGGUCCACUGCCCGUGCCCGGUCCGAGUCCCAUCUCGCCCGGUCCGACGCCACUGGAUCUGCCGAACAGGCCUUUGGAUGUGGGCAAUACGCCUGUGCUGGUGGUGAACCCCACGCCCCACACAGGAGGUGGGGGACCCCCUCCUCCGCUGGGACCCCCCUCCCUGCCGCCACCUGGCGUGGGCGACCGGCUGUACUUCUCGCACGACCUGUAUCCGCUCUACAAGUACCCCACGCUGUACGAGAGCAACUAUCCGUCGCCCAACGAGGAGGCCUACAUUCCCGGCGGUUAUGCAGCCAAUGCCCCCGAAGUGGAUGAGCGAUAUCGACCGCACUACGGACCCAUCGAACCAGCAGAGGACGAGGGCAUCCGGCCCACCCCCCACAGCCCGCCGAGACCUAUCUUUGGGUUGGGUUACGGAAACGGGUACAGCUACGGGUCCCCGGAGAGGUAUACACCGCCGACGGUGAGGCCAUCGAGUGGAUCUUCGGAGGAGCGACCCAGCUAUGCGGCUAGGCCACCGCGUCCGACUGCCGAUCGUCCCGACUAUCCGCCCAUGUCGCCACGCCCCACAGCCGAUCGUCCGGAGUAUCCACCCCGCCCCUACGACAGUUCCACACCGCCUUCUUAUGGACCACGACCGAGUCCCAGCUUUGAUCCCCAUCGCGAACCACGGCCGGACUACACCAAUCGACCCGACCCACCGGCAAUGUCGCCACACGAUGGCUACGGGAUGAAUGGACCAUCGGCACGUCCACCCCCUCCCUACGAAGGUCCACAUCCACCACCGCGGGAUGAGUACGUCCGAAGGAACGGCAGUGCCAUGCGACCCGGAGACGGAUACGGAGGAUACGACGAUGACAAGACCAUUGCCACCUACUUCAAUCCCGAUGACUUCAUGCAAGGGAACAAACGACCCAUGCCCGGCGAUCGAGAUCGUGACCGACUGGGAUAUCCCAUGGAUGAACUGAAGGCCUGCUUCCGACGAGUCCUGGCCGGAAAGCGGAUUGCCCCCCACUUCGUGCGCCGCUCCAUAUCCUGCGAGCGGGUGGAGGAGUGCAUGCGGGAGUGCGGACGGGAGCGGCGCUUCAUGUGCGAGGGCUUCAACUACCGGCUGGAUCCUUCGGGCCAUGGACAGGGCGAUUGCGAGCUGGUCGAGAUGCCGCUGGCCCAGAUGGACCUGUACUCCAGUCCAGAUCGGCGGGAUACCAAUCUGCUGAGGCACCCGGACUACGACUACUACGAGAGGGACCGCAAUGCGCCGAGCAGCUGUCGUCGCAGUGCUUGUCAGGAUUGCUCCAAGGGUCCUGUGAGCAGCCAGCCCGUUUACUUCAAGCCCAGUGGCGGCGGUGGCGGUGGGUAUGGAGAUCGCGAUGGAGAUCGGGAUCGGGAUCGGGACAGGGAUCACUACCGCCCGCCGAGCAGCACCGCCGUGGAUCACUAUCGCGGUCCCUCGGGUCCUCCAAGCAGCUCCUACGAACACCGACCUCCCUUCUCCUCGGAUUUCCAUGGCUCGCACAGCUCAUCCUCCUCCUCUCAAUCCUCCUAUGAGUUCUCCUCGCACGGCUCAGGUUCGAGUUCGGGUUCCAGUUCAGGAUACUUUGGCCACACCCCGCCCAGCAGUUAUGGCGGAGAUCAUGCCUACGUGGACCGCCACGAUCCGCCACAUUAUCGGCCCGGAAGACCGGAUCGCUGGGAAACCCUGCCAAGUAGUUCCGGCUACGAUAGCUCCGCGUACAGACCGCCACGGCCGGAAACGGAUCGGAUCGACAAGUACCGCCCACCUUAUCGUCCCGGUUCGGAUUACUCGCCCUACAGACCACCAAGUCGUCCGUCGCACAACUACCUCGAUCGCGAUGGAGCAGGUCCUCCGGGACCCCCAGGCUCCUACAAGAAGCCCAACAAAUUCGUACCCUAUCUGAUUGGUGGCGAGGACAACUGGGGGCACUACGGAGGUAGUUACGGCGGAAGCAGCAAGCACUCCUCCUCAUCCUCCUCAUCCUACUGGGGUCUGUCUGAGUCGCAGCGACGCAAGGAUCAGCAGGACUUCAACUACUUCCAGCUGGGGACACCUCACCGCGAGUCCAACUCGGUGCUCAGUUAUCCGGGCUCUGGCUACGAGGAGGAUUACCCCAGGAGGCGCAACGAUUACCGGCAGCAGUGGACACGGCGCCCGGGACAAGAUGAAUGCUCGGCCAAGACCAGCGAAGGAUUCCGGCUGCACAAGACGGCCGUGAAGCACGCCUACAACGUGCCCACCUUGACGGAGUGCGAGCGCCUGUGCUCUGACCAGCGGCCCAGCUUCAUCUGCCACACGUACAGCUACCGGUACAACCAGGCGGGCAGGGACAACUGCAUGCUGUGCGACCGGCCCAUCAACAUGCUCGACUACUACGUGGACAUCGAGCCGGAUCGGGACUACGACAUCUACUCCAUGGCGGACGACAUGGACGUAUGCCGGCAGCCACCGCCGCGACGUCACGAUACCGACCGUCCUAGCACCGCCCUCUCGGAUCCGAGAAAUGCACAGUGCUUCUUCCGAGCAAUUGAUGCCACGCGUUUUUUUAAGUCGAUUGUGCGCGACUCCCUGACCGUGCGAUCAGUGGGCGAAUGCGAGAUGGAGUGCAUCCGCUCCACGAAGUUCACCUGCCGGGCCUUUGCCUUCCGAUAUGGCCAGCAGCGGCAUGCCGGAGUCAUCGACAACUGCCAGCUGAGUGACUGGCCGGUGAGGGACAUGGACAAGGAGCGCCAUCUCAUCCUGGACGCGGCCUUCGAUAUCUUCGAGCGAGCGAGCUAUGGCCACGGGUGCGAGAUCCAGCCGAUCGUGGAUGAGAAGCACAAGAAACUCUGCUAUUUGGGUUACGGAUCGCCGGCGAGACUGCUUCCUCCCGCCAUCAAGAAGGUGAUUUCCGUGCCCUCGGAGAUGGCCUGCAAGAAGGAGUGCAUCCGUUUCCGGGAGACGACUCCUUUCAAGUGCUUCGCUUUCAGUUAUGGCUCCCAUGCCAGCUCCUUUAACUGUGAAUUAUCUGACCUGGAUCAGACCGAGCUAAAGCAGGAUGUGCACUAUGCCCACACCAAGGACCGCGACUUCUGGCUCUUCGCCUGGAAUCCCUUCGACUGGACCUGCCGGGACAAGGUCAACACCAUCGGCGGAUCGCGGGUCAACAACGACCGGCGCAUGGACAUCUUCCGGGAACCGGGCGACGUGGCCUGGCGCCACUACACCGUGUCCGGCAAACCCUGCCGCCGGAGCAGUCCCUGCGCGAAGAACCUGAUCACCGGCUUCUACUCCUGCGAGACGGAUGCCUCCGAGGUCGGCUCCUGGGACUACUGCUGCAAGGCGGACCACCCCUGCGGCUACAGCAAGGGCUUCGAUUAUCCCUGGUGUUUUGUGGGAGACGAGUCGGACCAGUGGCGCAAGUGCAGCGAUCGGUACUUCCCCGGCAAAAACGGCACCCAGGCGACGCACUCCCAUCUGGGACUGCCCAGUGGCAAGGAGAAACAGAAGCAUCCACAUCCGCACCACUUGCAACCGGCCACGGCGGCCAGCAGUGAGUACAGCCAGCAUCCUCCGCGACCCGGCGGACUGCAGAGCCUCAGCGACUUCGCCGCCGCCCGUCUGUGGCCCGUGACCUACCUGUACAGUGAGGGCCCGCCCAACGCCACCGAGUUCAGCAACUUUGUCGACUGCAACAAGGAGUCGUGCUAGUGGAGCGCUAAUCUAUGCUAGCUUUAGUUGGUUAAGAGAUACUUGUACAAUAGAUUCCCCCCGAAACCCGAAACCCGCAACCUAAAACCCCGACUUCCAGACAGAUCUACUCGGACCACGUGGACGUUGUCGUUGUGAUCAUCAUUGAGAUUGGAUACCAUUGUCGUCAGAACCAAGUGAAACCAAUUAACUUAUUAACUUAACUCCCCUGAAUGUUGAAUGCAACCUUAAUGACAG